AUAAUCCAAUUCUAUGCAGAAUAUCCGGAAUACUAAGCCCAUGCCAGGACAGCAGUUCGACGGUGUGAUAAAAACGGAUUCUUUCAAUAGGAAGACCUGAAAUGGCAGCCCAUCAAAUGGGACAGACUGGUAACACAAAGGGCAAAGUAUCUGGUCAGCAACCAAAUCAGGUUGCUUACAACAGACAACAACAACUGCCCUACGAAAUGUGGAACUCAAGCGCGCCCAAUUGGUAUUAUUAUGGAAACUCUUUCGCACAACAUCCUCAAAAUCAAACCUAUAUGCCUAAACCAGGAUCAUCUAUGCCAACGACAUUUUCGGCAUAUAUGCCACAUUAUUAUGGCCAACAGCCCCAGCAAUCUCGAAACGAAAUGGGGAAUGUGCAACAAGGACAGAUACAGAGACAGCAGCAAGGACAGGGGCCGGGGCAGGGGCAGAUCUGGUAUCAGACACAGCAGCCUCAACAGAACUACAACUAUUGGUGUGCCAUGCAGCAGCCUCAAUCCUUUUACCAAAAUUUAAGUAUGCCCACAGGGACUCAAAACGCAGCAGCUCAAUCAAUGAAUACCUCACAAUACUCGACUUCUCCCUUGCGCAACACGGCGGGAAGUCGACAUCCAGGACAUUCAUACAUUCCACAUGUGAGCAGUGGCAGCGGCAGUCUUAAUCGCAUCGAUAGUGUUAGCAGUUUCAAGAACCUACAAGGCUCAAGGAUACGCAAUUCUCAGCAUGAUUUGAUCGAGUAUCAUCGCAUUGCCGCGCGAACACUUUCCGCAAAGCAAAGAAAAAAGACGGAGGAGUCGAAAAAACAGUCUAAAAAGGAGCAGAAGAACAAUGAAAGGAUCAUAGGAUGCGAUUCUGAUACUCAAGCUGGGGCCCUUGACGAUGUGCUGGCCAACAAGAAGAGGAUUAAGCAAAGUAAGACGGUCAACCACAAUGUGGUCAUUGAAGAAUCUAUGUCUACCAGAGGAAGCACCUUCUUUCAAAAACUAGGACUGUUCAAAGGUGGCAAAAAAAGCAUAGAAGCAAAAGAAAGCACAGAAGCCAGAGCCAAGUCUUGUAAGAAAAUGAAUUUCCUAAAACGCUUCUUUUGCGAUGAUCAUAGCCCUACGAAUUAAGGAUAUUCAUGAAGCAAUAGAUUUCAUAAAAUACCCAGAAAACUAAUCCUAAAAAUAUGUAAAGGUUACUCCUAUACACAAAUGUAAAAUAGAUCAAUAUAUUCAAUAAUUUCGAUAAAUCCA